GGUCGUGUGGCAUGUGAAGUCAGUGCAGCAGAUGAAUUAUUACUGACUGAAAUGUUGUUCGGUGGGCAGUUCACAGAGUUGACACCACAACAAAUGGGGGCAUUAUUGUCGUGUUUUGUGUUCGAAGAAAAGGCGAAUGUUCCAAAAAUAGCCGAGGAAUUGAGCGGUAUACUUCGUACAAUGCAGGGUUAUGCGAAAAGGAUAGCAAAAAUAACGAAGGAAUCAAAGUUGGACAUAGAUGAGGAUAAGUAUGUUGAGUCGUUCAAACCGCACAUGAUGGAUGUUGUUCAUCAGUGGUGUUCUGGUGCUUCUUUCGCUGAAAUUCUCAAGAAAACCGAUAUUUUCGAA